CAAGGGGACAGGAAGGGCAUCCACUACAUCAGUUAUUUGUUUAAUCCUCAAUCAUAUUUUGUUGUCGAAAUUCGAUACCUUUUUUUUUUCUUUCUUUCUUUCUCUUCCUAUUUCAUAACUAGUAAUUAGAGCAAAUGGCGGUGGACAUUCUCCAGAUCCGCUUUUGUAGGCAUUAUGCAAGCACAGCGAGAACCUCCGGACAUCUCCGAUAAUCAACAAUCUCCGGCGAAUAGAAACACAAAGACUGUGAAAAUUGCACACAACCAAAAAGGCCAGAUUAGUACAAAUAUUUCUACUUAUUAUCGGCCCAUGUGAUUUCUUCAGCAAGACACGCGGUUUUUUCCUUUACAGUAAACAAAAUUGACACGCCUAAUAGAUUUAUUUUUAUUUCGGAGCGAUUGCUUUUGUUUCAAGGACCUUCUAUGAAACUCUAUCUUGCGCAAAAAUGACGGCGAGUAAAUGGCAUAUUUUGACUACCUAACACAAUGUGUUAACAUUCCUUUGCAUUACGUGAGUUUUCACCCGUUGACCUUCAAUCAAUUCCGUCAAAACAACAGCGAGACAUGUAAAAUUAUCAUUCCCUUAUGGUCAUAGAGAACAACACUUCGUCUUAAAUUUCCAAUCGAGACCGCUCUUUGUUUGCGCGGUUGGACAGAACGUCGUUUUGGUCGUUUAAAGCAACGCAUCUUGAUUCACGUCCCAAGAAAAGCUGUUUCCAUGGCAAAGCCGUUUUACUAGGCUACGAGAACAAAGACCCUUCUAAAAAUUCGUCAUCAACUCGAAGACGAGACAGCUUGAAGUGCGAGGGCGGGAACGAUCGAGGCACUAUAUCAAUUGGUGGUAGACGACACAAAAGCAGGCUCUCGAAAGAGAAAGCGAAAAUAAUCGAUUACAGUAAACGUGUUGUUCAGUUUAAUGAAAAGCAGGCGGCUGGAGCCAUUUUGAGAAGCAGCAAGGUUGGAAUUUGGUCUGCACAAAGGAAUAGAAUCGGAAUUAUUACCCUCAUUAGAAGGAUAUAGCUACACUCCGUUAAACAGAUACUAUGAACGACUUAACAUUAAUUUAGAUCUCCUUGUUCGAGGUCAACUAGUCGUGACCAAAUAUUCUGGACGGUUCGUAACCUAACGGUUUUGGUAUAUUUAAAAACAUUCGUGAUUCUUUCGAAAAGCGGAUUUGGUACGGAAAGCGGUUCCACAACUCGUAGUCAGCCGAAAAAACACGGCCUGUACUAAAAUAGAAGCAAACGCGGACAUGGAUGGAUCAGAAGAGCUAACAGGUAUUAGCCCUCUGCAAUCCACAGAUGCCAAUGUGGAGCAAUGCGGUAGAAAACUGUCUUUGAAAGAUAUAAGGCGAUACGAAAAGAAAACACUUCUGUGUCCGGGGGGAUGUGGGACAGAUCUGGAUCUAAACGAUAUCCCGACGCACGAUUGCAUGAGAGAUUUGAGGCAAAAGCUUGAGAGUGCGGAGAAGAAGCUUUGCGAUAAAGAGGAGAAAGCGAGAGAAACAGGCGUGAUGGAAAAUACUUACAGAGAGCAGCUUGCAUUGCAAGAUUGUAAAAUCGCUCAAAUGUCCACCGAAAUCAAAGAGUUGUUGUUAGAAAGAUCACGUCGGGAUGAGAUGUUCAACAACAAGGAAACGUUUUACAAGGAGCAGAUUACAGCACUGAUGGACCAAGUGGCGAAGCUGGAGAGGAAACUUCAAUUACGAAGGCCUUCCAACCAAGAAGACGAGUCACUCAGUGAGACCAACGGUGCUAAAGAAUGGGCAUACAGAUACGACAAACUACUGGCGGAUAAGAUCACUCUGGAAACGCUCUUUCAGAGGCGCGAGCGCGAGUCUCAACGCGAAAUUGACGCGUUAAAAGAAGAAGCAGCGAUGCUGCGCGAAAGCUUACAUCUCGAGCGAGAAAUGCUUUCGCUGGAGCACGACCAUGCUACCUUCAACAAGUUAGCGGUUUUAACAGAUCAGUUGGAGUCUCUAGUACAGCACAAGCAGCAUCGAGGACGCCACAAGAGUAGUCACAAGGCUAAGGACUUAGGUAGCGAAACAAUGAAUGGGAGGAUUCGUAAACGUGUACCGAACUCCGUUGGAAGUUCAAAUUCUGAUACAGUCGACGAAGAGGACAUGGAGGUCGUCAGCAAUUAAAACAAUACGUAUCAGACUGAUCUUUUUGUGUCGUUGCCAACUACACCCUUAGAGGUACAUGUGUGAUAUUUGCCAUAUUUUUAGACUUGAACGUCAAAGACUAAGAAGGGCAAAGAAGCAAUUAACACAACAAGUGUCAACAUUGAAGAUGCGCUUGCUGCGAUAUUUUUGUAUGUUUAACACUUCUAUUCUUUCGGGUAUCUUUUGAAACAAAAUGAAUGUUGAGACGCUAAGAUAAUAGCGAAGGUAUCACUCUCACUUGUUCUUCAACGUAUAACAUAAACAAUGAUCUUGAGAAUUAAAUGAAAUUUGUUUCAUUGAUGCCCUAGUUUUACGUAUGUGACGAUUGUAGUGAUAAUCUAAAAAAGUUCCAUCGAUAGAUUCUAGGAUCAACACAGCUUUAGUUGAAUUACGACGCUGUAGACGGUACACAUACCGAAGCUUAGCGCUAAAUAAACAUCAAAUGCUUAUUGUUGAUGGCA